AAAAAAAAUACAUGUCAUUAGCGUUUUAUUAUAUAUGUAUUAUGGUACCACUGGAUGGUGUGUGGGUUGUGGGAAUUUGUAAAGCUCUUUAAUACAAGUAUGGAAAUAGAGUAUGCUCUUAAGAAAGUCAUAGCAUUUUACGUAUGUGUUACGUACUGCGCAUGGCAGGUUGGUGUCGUCACGCGGUGGAGGUGGGCGGAGCAACCAUUGCGGUGCAACGUUGUACGUGAACAGCUGAUUUGAUGCUUGCUCGCGCACUGCGCAGUACGUAAAACUUACGUAAAAUCCUAUGACUUUCUUAAGAGUAUAAUCUAUUUCCAUACUUGUAUUAAAGAGCUUUAGGAAUUUGCACGUGAAGCAAGGAGAAGUUUGUCUUCUGACGUGUAAUCACUGAUGAACUGAUAAGCGAAAUGGUAGAUUUUUCGGGAUUUUUUGCUUGUAAUUCUGUAAUCCAAGUCUAAUUUUGGUUGUUCAUUUUCUGAGAAGUGACUUUACUACUAAAAUAAAUUAAAACAAGAACAGUAGAGUAAAUAUCGGCGCAUUCAACUUUCAAAAGAAUUCAGUUUUAUUGUUUUAUUGAAUGAAGUAGAAACAACUCAACAGAGAACGAUUAUCUAGUAUCGCCGGUGCCCUCAGAUUAUUCAUUAGAGCAGAAUUACAUGCUGUGAAUUCAAACCUUCAUUUUCACGACGAAACUACGAUAAAUUUACGAAUUCAUUCCGGCCAAAAUGUCAUCGAGUAAUUGUGGCACGAUUUGUACAUUGUACAAAGAAUGGGAUACCACUAAAGUACACGUCGAUGAAGCAAAUCAUGUAUGGGUGAUUGAUAAUUUUGAUUUUCACGAAGCUGAAGGAGAAAGUUUGUUUUCUUCUGAAUUCUCAGCGGUUGGAAAUACUGAGAUUAAAUGGAAACUGCAGCUGAAACCAAAUGGCGAAACGGAUGCCAAAGAUACAAUUUCUCUCUACCUGACUCUUUGCAGUCCUAGGACUAAAAAAGUGUACGCGAAAUUUAAUACUUUCGUUACGGAUUCCCAGUAUAAGAAAGUAUCUAUUUCGAAGGGCCAGAUGAAUCAAUACGAGCUUACAAAUGGUAAGAAUUCUAGUUGGGGCCGUAAAGAAUUUCUGAAGAAAAACGACUAUUUCAAACGUAACUAUUUGAUCGAUAACACGUUGACGAUCAUAUUUGAACUACGUUUUUCUACGGUACGCGAUGCCAUUAGUAACACAUUACAUCAGUGUAAAACAACUCAACUAUACCCAAACGCCUCUCUUUGCGAUCUUUCCGAAAACUUGGGACAAUUACUGGAACACCGUGAAUUGGCAGAUGUCAUACUUGCAGUAGAUGGUCAAGAGUAUCCAGCUCACAAGAAUAUUUUGUCUGCGCGAUGUCCAGUAUUUGCUGCUAUGUUUAAACACAAUAUGAAAGAAAAUGAGAAGAAUCGAAUUGAUAUCGAAGAUAUGAACGCAGAAAUCGUCGGCGAAUUUUUAAAUUAUGUUUAUACUGGAAAAUGUGAACAUUUGAAAAAUGUUGCGGAAGGUUUGCUGGCAGCUGCUGAUAAAUACGGUUUGAAUCGGUUGAAAAUGAUUUGUGCUGAAGAACUUUACAAGACGUUAUCUGUGGAAAAUGCCGCGAAUGUUUUGCUACUGGCGGAUAUGCAUGGCGUUAAAGAACUGAAAUCUGAAUCGAUCAAGUUUAUCGUUGCUAACUUUAUUGAAGUAUUUAAUUCCGCAGCUUGGAAAAACAUCGUUCUUGUGCAUUCUAAUUUGGUGAAUGAAGUAUAUGAAGCGUUAUCACUACGUGCAGCAUCCAAUUGAUGAUUGAAUUGAAAAUUUAUGAUCUCAUGGUAGCAGAAGUUUCAUGUUCGCUGUACAUUGAAGUUAUAAUUUUGAUUAAAAUUAAUCAAUUUCGUUGUAUUUCUUAGUUUAUUCCUCAACAGGCUAUGUUCAUGUUUUCUAUUCUAAGUAUCGAUUGCUUAUUACUUAAUUUUAUUUCAUUUUUUUUUAUUAUUGCGUUUUUUUAGAACAUUAAAUUUAGAUUUGUUUCGUCUCUGGUGGUUCUUUCAACUUGCCCGAUGAUGAAAAUUAAUGACAGGGUAGUGUAGAACCUAACAGUUGACUAAAUGACUAUAAAUAAUAAAGUAGGAUACCUGCAUUGUAUGAGAUCAAAUACCUACUUACUUUUAUUUCGAAUUGUUUCUGUCAUAAAUCAAGAGAAAAAUUUAGUCGUACGGAGAUUUUAAAUCUGUUGUAAAAUACAUACAUGUUUCAAAUAGAAAAA